CGUCGUUCUUCACAAUUCGCCCAAACCCAAAACCCAAAUACAGUCUGCGUGAGGCACUUUUUCCCGCGCAUUUUUCCUGCGAUUCGAUGCCUCCGAAAGCCGACGGAGCCGAAGCAAUCGUGCUCAACUUCGUCAAUGAGCAAAAUCGGCCGCUAAAUUCUCAAAAUGUGGCUGAUGCAUUACAAAAGUUCAACCUCAAAAAGGCCACUAUUCAGAAGUCACUGGAUGUCCUUGCUGAUAGUGGAAAGAUUUCGUUCAAGGAGUAUGGUAAGCAAAAGAUUUACCUUGCUCGGCAAGACCAGUUCAGUAUCCCCAACAAUGAAGAACUUGCUCAGAUGAAGGGAGAAAAUUCUAGACUACAGCAUGAGCUGGAUGAACAAAAGAGAGCAGUCACUGAGGUUGAGGGAGAAAUUAAAACUUUGCAAUCAAACUUGACCCUGGAAGAGAUUGUCAACAAAGAAGGCAAACGGAGGAAAGAGGUUAAGGAAAUGGAGGACAAACUGGAUAAAUUACGAGGAGGAGUUACCCUUGUGAAGCCUGAGGAGAGGAAGGCAAUUGAAGAAAUAUACUCAGAGAAGAUAAGCCAGUGGAGAAAGCGUAAAAGGAUGUUUAAGGAUCUAUGGGACGCUAUAACUGAGAACUCACCAAAGGAUCUAAAGGAAUUCAAGGAUGAACUUGGAAUUGAAUAUGAUGAAGAUGUUGGUGUGAGUUUGCAGUCGUUCUGUGAUCUGAUGCAGCAUGGAAGGAAGAGGACAAGAGGCCACUAAUUUUAUACAAAAAGUACAUUCUUUGUCACUAUUUCAAUCGAAGUUUGUAUUUCUCUGUAGGUAAACCUGUUUCAGAUGUUUGUAGAUCCGCAACCUUAUAUGAUAUAUAUGUUUUCUUUUGUAUAUUCAUCGACAACUCUCAGAAAAUUGCUCAGGUUACUUCAACUUUCCCGUCUCUUGAUAAAUUUAAUGUAGUCAGUGGAUAUCCAGGUUAUCAGGAGCCCCAAGGUUUCUGCUUCUGGAUUGAUCAGUGACAGCAUUAGCUAGCAGGUGGUAUCCUCUUUGAUUCCUUUUGUUAGUUUCUUAGGGAAGAAGAAGAAACCUAUGAUCUUCACAGUUCUUCCCCUUUUCUACUUCCGGCUGAGCAAUGGGGCAGGUGGUACAAGCUGCGUUGAUAUUAUUAAGAACUUUAACCCAAAGAUAAAAAAUAAAAUGGUAC